UAAGUGUUAUCUUUCCGAGGAACAAUGGCAGUCUGGGUGUUGUCUGUAUUACGUGUAGUAAUUGACACUCGUUCGUAUGCACGAGACAAUUAAUUCAUAUAUAGGAUAUAAUGAUUAAAAAAAUACAAAACAUCUCACAUGGAUAUUCCUGUGUGAUUUAAUUGUAAUCUAGCAGUUAAGGCAGUGAUAUCACAAUACCAAACUGGACGACACCCGCUGGAGAAACCAACCUGUUCCGUCCAUUCAGUCAUCCACACUGAGACCAAAUCGUUCCUCUAUGCCUGCUUCUGUUCCACAUUUGACAGCUGGACCAGGAAUAAUGCCUCAUGUGCAUUCUAAUCCACCUGAUGGAAGAUUAUUAGAUCAUGGGAGACACACACCUUAUUUUGGACAGCCUGAUUAUAGGAUAUACGAAAUGAACAAGAGGUUACAACAGCGAACUGAGGAUAGUGAUAGUCUGUGGUGGGAUGCUUUUGCAACAGAAUUUUUUGAAGAUGAUGCUACUCUUACUUUAACAUUCUGUUUAGAAGAUGGACCUAAAAGAUAUACAAUUGGUAGGACUCUCAUUCCACGUUAUUUUAGAAGUAUAUUUGAAGGUGGUGUUACUGAUCUCUCAUUUAAUCUAAAGCAUCCUAAAGAAUCAUUUCAUAAUACAACUAUUACAUUAGAUUGUGAUCAAUGUACAAUGAUUACUUCACAUGGAAAACCACUUUAUAAUAAGGGAAUACUUGGUGGUCCCUAUCCAAGUGAUCCACUAAAAGAACAAUUUGUUAAAGACAGUGCUGUUGUGGAUAGUGAUAGUCUGUGGUGGGAUGCUUUUGCAACAGAAUUUUUUGAAGAUGAUGCUACUCUUACUUUAACAUUCUGUUUAGAAGAUGGACCUAAAAGAUAUACAAUUGGUAGGACUCUCAUUCCACGUUAUUUUAGAAGUAUAUUUGAAGGUGGUGUUACUGAUCUCUCAUUUAAUCUAAAGCAUCCUAAAGAAUCAUUUCAUAAUACAACUAUUACAUUAGAUUGUGAUCAAUGUACAAUGAUUACUUCACAUGGAAAACCACUUUAUAAUAAGGGAAUACUUGGUGGUCCCUAUCCAAGUGAUCCACUAAAAGAACAAUUUGUUAAAGACAGUGCUGUUGUGGUUUGUACUGAAGGUAGACUUAUUUUAGAAUUUACAUUUGAUGAUUUGAUGAGAAUUAAAUCUUGGCAUUUUGCUACAAGACAGCACAGAGAAUUAAUAUCACGUGGACUCAUUGCUAUGCAGUGUAUUAUAGAAAUGGAAACUCAAAUGAAUUAUAUUUUUAUUCCAUUACAGAUGUCUCCACAUAUUGAGGCUCAACAACAAGAUCCUGCAAUGUUAGAUCAGUUAACCAAAAAUAUCACUAGACAAGGAUUGACUAAUUCUACAUUGAAUUAUUUACGUUUAUGUGUAAUUUUAGAACCAAUGCAGGAACUAAUGUCUCGUCAUAAAGCUUAUGCUCUCAGCCCUCGUGAUUGUCUUAAAACUACCCUAUUUCAGAAGUGGCAACGAAUGGUAGCACCUCCAGGUCCCAUUCAUCGCGGUCCAGCAAAUGACCUUAAACCAAGUCAGGACAUAGAAACCCAACGUCCUCCAAGCAAACGACGCAAGAGAAAGACAACCACAAACAGUACAGGUAAUACGGCUACAGGUGGAGGAAAGAAGAAAAAUAUUUCUCCUGGCCCUAGUUUUUCUUUAGCAUCUCAGGAUGUUAUGGUUGUUGGGGAACCAUCUCUAAUGGGAGGAGAAUUUGGCGAUGAAGAUGAAAGACUAAUUACACGUUUAGAAAACACUCAAUAUGAUGCUUCAGCAGCAGCAGCCAAUGGAUUAGACGAAGAAGAAUUUACAAAUCCGCCAAUGUCAUCUGUAACGAGUACUGCUUCGGCACCACAGUCCUCGUCUUGGUCGGGACCACCAACCAGUGGGCCUCAGACUGCCGAACACAGUACCUCCAGUUCCGGAGGUCCAGGAUCCGUUCCACCGCCAACAACACAGGAAGAUAAAAAGUCUUCUCCAUCUAUAAGCCAAUAAAUAAAAGAAUAUUCUAUAAAGAAUCGUAAUAUGUAUAUAUAUAUAUUUGCGUAUAUAUACUGCAUAUAUUCUCAAAUUUAUGUAUAUAUAUAGUAUAUAUACAGAACGUGUGUGUUUUAUUUUCUCAUCCUUCCCAUUCAGAUUAUUUUAUUGGGGAUUGUGAUCACAUCAUUGCAUUUAACAUUUUCAUCAUAUGUUCGAUGGAUUUUGAUACAGACCACAUUCCAGGGACAUUCUUACAAAAAAAAUCUUCUGAUUUUGUUUAUUAUAUUAUUGUUUUUAUUUUAUUUUUUUACCUUUAAAGAGCAUUUUAUUUGAAUUGUUUCUACCAAAGUUAUUUUAACUCUUUGAGAACCAAUCAAAGACAAAUUUAUUAAUUGUUUAAAUGAGUCUUUAGAAGUGCAUGUCUCAUUUAAUAUUUAUUUAAAAACAACAAACUUAUUCUCAAUAACAGUUUGUUGUUAUUAAAUACAGAGAGACAUGAAUUUUGUACUCAGUUGCAAGACUUUUGAAUGGAGAAUAGUUUUCAGAGAGUUAAAAUUAGAAAAUAAUCUCAACCUUAUCUGUUAUUUCUAUUUGUGAUCAAUAAACAGUAUUAAAGUUUUCUGAGAUUAUAAAAAUAAUUCUUUUUAAGAAACCAAAGUUUGCAAAAAAGUUCCUCUGUGAUUUUUAGAUGUUUUAUUACUUUAAAUUUAUUAUCUUUAAUUCUUUUUUUUUGUAUGUUUGUUACAAAGUGAAAAAGGGGUAUAUGUGGUUACAAGAAAGUCAGGGAAUAUAAAAAAUAAGAACAA